AUGCCCGGACAAUCUGACACCCCGAGAACUCCCACGUCCACGAGCACGAAGACCGGAAAGAUCACCGACUUCUUCAAGUCGGUCCAUCAGUCCGAGCCGAAGCAAGUCGCCAAACGAGAGCUUGAUGUCGAGGAUCACGAAGACAGCCAGCCUUCAAAAAGGCUUAAGCAAAGCGAAGACGGUCAUGCCGGAAGAAUCGGAACAGCCCAUCACAAAGUCGACAUUGACAUCGACACACCUAAGCGCAAGAAGCCAGCAUCUGCACGCCUUCUUGACGACACCGACGGCGGACUAGCCGAUAGCUUUGUUGGCAGAAGGAGAUUCACCAAAGAGACGAAUGCGGAAGACGUCAAACCCAUCCAAGAUGCGCAUCUCAAGUCCACUAGACCACUUCGUACCGCCGAUCGCACCAACCAGUCUGGGCGCAAGAGGCCGACAUCCUCGCGUCUCUUGGAUGAGACCGAUGGAGGCUUAGAGGAGAGUCUGACUAGCCCGUCGGAAGACCCGGAGGAGAACGAGAACCAAAAGGUGGAUUCCAAGGACGACACCGUGAACGGCAGCACAAUGGGCAACAAUGCCGUUGGCAACAAUAUCUCGGAUGAUGACAGCGAGGCCUCGACCAUAAGGGCUUGGGACAGCGAAGAUGAGAUGAGUAGCAGCGGGGAUGUCGACGGCGAGGGUGACGAGGCCCUGGAUUUCGAUAUUUUCGAGGAUGAAGAAGAGAGGGAAGAUGACGAGUCUGGGAACGGCGCUAUGGACGACAAGAGUUUGCGCGACAUUACCGAUGAGUUUGACACCGUGGAGGACGACAGUGAGACUGAGACUAUCAAGGCCGACAAUAGCGACGACGAUGAUGACAAGGAUGGCAGCAUUGACAAGGACGAUAAAGAGGACGACGACGGCAGCGACAAGGAGAACGUCCGUCCGAGAGUUCCCUACAAGGCGCCGUCGCUCCCGCUUAUCCCGUCAAACCCCAAGCAUCACGGAAACCAGGAAGACGAGACUGCCGACCCGACCGAAAAUGACCAGCCUUCGCCAAGCCCUUCUUCAUUUAUGUUACCGAGCCCGGUCGCUGACUUGCCUCCCGUCCCUCCGCCUUCCCCUACAUCGCCGUCCACCUUGCCUCCCGACUUCUCGUCGACCUUGCUCUCUCAUCCAUCUUAG